AGAAAAUCAACAAUCAUUCUAAAUCAAACGAAAGUUAUCAUUGUCCCGUCAAUUGUACUUACUAAAUAUUUUCAGAUCUAUUCACUAACAUUUUAAAACAUAUUUUCAAAAUGACUGAAGAAGGAACCAGUAAGACAUUGGAAGAUCCCUCGGUGUGGGAGAACAGUGAUCGAGUUGAGGAUGAGAUUUUACUCAUGUCAAACGAAGAAAUAACCUCACGCACACGUUUACUUGAUAAUGAUAUUAAAGUAAUGAAAAGUGAUGUUAUGCGUAUAUCUCAUGAAUUGCAAUCGCAAGCUGAUAAAAUUAAAGAAAAUACAGAAAAGAUAAAAGUAAACAAGACAUUACCUUACUUGGUAUCAAAUGUCAUUGAGUUAUUAGAUGUUGAUCCACAAGACACAGAAGAAGAUGGUGCCGUAGUAGAUUUGGACAGUCAAAGAAAAGGAAAAUGUGCAGUAAUUAAAACAUCAACAAGACAAACUUAUUUCUUACCGGUUAUUGGUCUGGUAGAUCCAGAACAGUUGAAACCAGGUGAUCUGGUUGGUGUUAACAAAGAUUCUUAUUUAGUAUUAGAAACAUUGCCAGCUGAAUAUGAUGCUCGUGUUAAGGCAAUGGAAGUUGAUGAGAGACCAACUGAACAAUAUGUAGACAUUGGUGGUUUAGAUAAACAAAUUCAAGAACUUAUUGAAGCUGUAGUACUUCCUAUGACACACAAAGAAAAAUUCCUUAAUCUUGGUAUACAACCACCUAAAGGAGUUCUUCUAUAUGGUCCUCCUGGUACGGGAAAAACACUUUUAGCUAGAGCAUGUGCUGCUCAAACAAAAUCGACCUUUUUAAAACUUGCGGGUCCGCAAUUGGUGCAGAUGUUUAUUGGUGAUGGAGCCAAAUUAGUGCGUGAUGCUUUUGCCCUUGCCAAAGAAAAAGCACCAGCAGUUAUAUUUAUUGAUGAACUAGAUGCUAUUGGUACAAAACGUUUUGAUUCUGAGAAAGCUGGUGAUCGAGAAGUACAGAGAACUAUGUUGGAACUUCUGAAUCAGUUGGAUGGUUUUAGUUCAACAGCUGAUAUAAAAGUGAUAGCUGCUACUAACAGAGUAGAUAUUUUGGAUCCAGCAUUAUUAAGGUCUGGUAGAUUAGAUAGAAAAAUUGAGUUUCCACAUCCUAAUCAAGAAGCUCGUGCUCGUAUUAUGCAAAUUCACUCACGAAAAAUGAACAAAUUUGAUGUUAAUUUUGAAGAACUCUCAAGGUCUACUGAUGAUUUUAAUGGAGCACAAUGCAAGGCAGUUUGUGUUGAAGCUGGUAUGAUUGCUUUAAGGAGAGGUGCAUCAACUGUGACUCAUGAAGAUUUUAUGGAUGCCAUUAUGGAAGUACAAGCAAAAAAGAAAUCCAACUUAAACUAUUAUGCUUAAAAAACAUAAACAAUUUUCAUUUAUAACUUUUUCUUUGUAUGGAAUUUUUCAUAUUUUAAGUAAUUUAUCAAUGUUCGAUUAUUCAUAGUACAUUUUUGAUGGAUUUUCAAUAAAUUUAAUAAAUAAAU